CUCAGGCGGAAUAAACACGUCUAUAAUAAACACCGUUGCUCUCUUCCUCUCCACAACACACACCGAGUCGCGUAAUAAACAAGCUCCGUGUUCCGACGCUGUCCGGAUGGUUAAAUCCAACCUCCAGACGAUCCUGAAUAGCCACUGUUUUGCCAGAGAAAAGGAGAGAAAUAUACCCAAGAUGCCAGUUGUGGAAGUAAACCACAAUAAACCUGAGAUCAAAAGUCCCAGCAGGUGCCCACGGUGUUGCAGUAACCCGUGUCCGGGGCCUCGGUGGUGUUCCGAUGCCCCUCACCCACCCCUAAAGAUCCCAGGUGGGCGAGGGAACGAUCAGAGGGAUCACAAUCUUUCAGCUAAGUUAUUCUAUUCGGACACUCAGUUGCUGGUCCUCGAGGAGCCUCCACCUUUAAACAGCCGUGUGCGUUUUUUGCUUUUCGAGCGGCGUAGUUCUGAGAUCAAGCCUGUAGUCUGGAGGGGGUCGCUGGUUGGAGUUAGGCUGUACAUCGAGAUCCCCCCAGGAGCGCUUCCUGAAGGAAGCAAGGACAGCUUUGCACUCUUGCUAGAGUUUGCUGAAGAGAAACUUCAGGUGGAUCACGUUUUUAUUUGCUUCCAGAAAAAUCGAGACGACAGAGCAUCGCUGCUGCGGACCUUCAGUUUCCUGGGCUUUGAGAUUGUGAGACCGGGUCAUUCGCUCGUCCCGUCCCGCCCUGACGCUUUCUUCAUGGCUUACAGCAUCGAAAGAGACGAUGAAUAAUCCCCAGUUAAUCCUUCACCGCAGUGCUUCGUGCUCAUUCACGCUUCAUUUCUUUCACCAGUAAAAUAAUCCUAAACUUUUCCCUGCCACAUGCGUCGAUGUUUUCCUGUGAAUUCUUUAGUGGUUUUUAUGAAAGUGCUGCUGUAAAGUCAGACACGUUUCCACUUUAAAUCAUUAGGCAAUCACAUUCCCACACACUGCUCCUUAGACUUUAAUAUUUAUAGCUAUGAUUCCCAUGCAACAAAUGUAAGUAAAUUUGUUUGCUUUCUUAUUUUACACGUGUAUUGGUUGUUUUAUUUUCUCUCUCUCUCUCUUUUAAUGUGUGCAUGACUCCUGAUGUUUGUAUUCUGUAUUCAGUUGAAUUAGUCUGCAUGUUACAAGAGAGUGUGGAAUAAAUUUGCUCACCCCUG